AUGUCUUUCAAUUUCUCCAGCUUCACCAACAACUUGAAGGACCUUGGUGACAAGGUCUCUACCGAAUUCAACAAUGAAUUCAUGCCCUUUGCUCAAAGGACUUCAAGAAUGGUCCAGGAGAGAAUGGGCAAGGUUAAUGUUGACGAAAUCAGUCAAUUACCCGAGGAGUAUCGUGAAUUGGCUGACAAGUGUAACAAUGUCGAGAAGUUGUACAGAAAUGUUUUGAAAAUCACCCACAACUAUGAGUCGGAGUCAUAUGACUACCCUACCAACUUGCAAGAAUCAUUCACUGAUUUCAGCAAGAACAUCACAAACAGAGUGUCCAACUUGUCCAAGGCAACCACUCCAGCAGAAGCACAGGCCGCAUUGAUUAAUUCUGAACAUGGCGAAUUCAAGCCUCCCAAGACAUUGUAUCACGCUCUCGCCCGUGCCACGGAUGGUUCUCAAAGACCAAGACCCUUGAUCAAAGCCUUAGAUUUGUACUCCGGCAACUUGAACAAAAUCGCCAAUGCUAGACUCGGUCAGGAUCAGUUGAUCAAAAACAAGUUCAACAAGCCAUUGACCUCAACGUUGAGAUCUUUGCUCUCUCAAAGCUCGAACAUCCAGAAAAAAGUCGAGCAGAAGAGAAUAGACUAUGAUUUGGCUAGGCAAGCUUUGACUAACUGCACGAAUCCUUCCAAGGAGCCUCAAUAUAGGGUCGCCAUGGAAAACGCAGAGGACGAGUUUGCAAACACAGUAGAGGACGGUAUCAGUGUCAUGCAGAAUGUUUUGGAGCACGCCAAGCCUCUCGAAGAGCUUUUGGAAUUGAUCAAGGCGCAAUUAGCCUACCACAAGUUGGCCUCUGAGUUGUUGGGCAACAUGGUUGGCGACUUUGAGGGCUUGAUUGAAGAAAACAAAAACGCACUGGGUAAAGGCUCUGGCCAGCGCAACUCCGAGUCCGGCGAUUUCGAUAUCUAG